CCCAUUCUCUGCAUCCAGCACACACAGUUGAGUUGAUCGAUAAGGCGCCAUGGCUUCUUCCACGACCACCCUGUCCUUUGUCUUCGUCCUGGCCUUGCUGCUCUCAUGCGGUGGCGUCAGCAACGCGGCGCGGCGGAUGCAGGAGCUCCCGAAGCCCGACGUGGCGCCGCUGCCCAAGCCUGAGGACCCGAUGCCUGAGCCGCUGCCGGUGCCCCCACAGCCCCUGCCCAAGCCCGAGGAGCCGAAGCCGGAGCCGCUGCCGGUACCACCACAGCCCCUGCCCAAGCCUGAGCCACUUCCCGUGCCACCACAGCCCCUGCCCAAGCCUGAGCCCCUGCCCGUGCCACCACAACCCCUGCCGAAGCCUGAGCCGCUUCCUGUGCCACCACAGCCCUUGCCCAAGCCUGAGCCCCUGCCCAUGCCACCACAGCCCCUGCCCAAGCCUGAGCCACUUCCUGUGCCACCACAGCCCUUGCCCAAACCUGAGCCGUUGCCGGUGCCACCACAGCCCCUGCCCGUGCCACCACAGCCGAAGCCUGAGCCCCUGCCCGUGCCACCACAGCCGAAGCCUGAGCCGUUGCCCGUGCCACCGCAGCCCCUGCCCCAACCGGAGCUGCCGGUGCCGCCGAAGCCAAGGAUUCAGGAGAGAAAAAAAAUGCAGAUGACCUACUGCUACCAGCAGGCACCAAUGCCAAGACCAGAAGACUCCUGCUGCAAACACGCACACAUGCAACUAUGCAUGCAGCAAGGCCUUCGUUUAGCAACUAUAAAUAGCGGGCUCCUCUUCCCUUCCAGCCAUCACAGCAUCACAACAAGAACUAGCUCACAUCCUCUCACUAGUACACUGCGAUCGCAGCUGAGAAAGCACGAGCCAUCCGACAUGGUUUCCAAGAAAACCAUGUCCUCCCUCGCCUUCCUCGUGGCGCUGCUGCUCGCAUGCAGCUCCAUGAGCAGCGCGGCUCGGUACCUGGAGGAGACGAAGCCCGAGUACCCGCCGCACCCCGCCGUGCCGGAGAUCCCCAAGCCGGAGCUGCCUCCGCACCCCACCGUGCCGGAGAUCCCAAAGCCCGAGCUGCCUCCGCACCCUACCGUGCCAGAGCUCCCAAAGCCUGAGCUGCCACCCCACCCCACCGAGCCAGAGCACCCGAAGCCUGAGCUGCCGCCACACCCAACCCUGCCAGAGCUGCCCAAGCCUGAGCUGCCACCGCACCCCACCGUGCCGGAGCACCCAAUACCGGAGCUGCCUCACCCUGUGCCAGAGGUUCCCAAGCCAGAGCUGCCACACCCCGCCGUGCCGGAGGUGCCGAAGCCUGAGCUCCCGCCUCACCCCGAGGUACCGGAGCUGCCGAAGCCGGAAACGCCUCACGUGCCGGAGGUGCCGAAGCCCGAGCUCCCGCCUCACCCCGAGGUACCGGAGCUGCCGAAGCCGGAAGCUCCUCACGUGCCGGAGGUGCCGAAGCAUGAGCUCCCGCCCCUGCCGGAACCCGAGCUGCCGAAGCCGGAGAGCCACUACCCGGUGCCAGAGCCCAAGCCAUGAUCGAAUGAAUGAACUGCGCCCGUGUUGCUCCUCCAGCUAGUAAUAAUGCGUUCUGUUUCUGUACUUGGUGUGGAUACGAUGGAGUAGUAGGAGCGUGACGUUCAGUGUUGUACGUUGUGCUUGCUGCUUUGAUUUGUCCGUUGAUGAUGUUACCUAUGUAUAUGUAUUGCCUUUGGCGUAUAUCAUAUAUAUACACGAAUAAUUUCAUUA